ACAAGUAACGCUCUAAUGGAUGACAGAGAAUUUCCAUCAAAUGAUCUACAGAUAGACUCGAAGGACAGUCUUCCUGCUGACUAUAGGGUGGAAAGUUUGGUAUCUCAUUUGGUUUCUUCAGCUGAUGAAAAUGAAAAUCAACUUGAUAACGAUGGGAAUGAGGUUCUGACCAGUAGUAGCAUUGCUAUGGGACAACAGGAUAAAGGUGAGCAGGACAACAUCAAUAAUAAUGAGAAUAUGAACAGUGGAGACUGUACCCCAACCUGUAAGGAAAGUGAGACUGAGAGGAGGUCUGCAAAUGUCCAUAUGGACCCCCAGCUGGAGGAGAAGCCUAUUACAGAAAAACUGCCAGGUGGAAAAAGAAGUCCAAGAAGCAAAAGAAGCUCCAGUAAAAAAUCUAAAGGAAUUCCUACAGUGAGAACCACACCAAUCAAGGAGGAAAAUACUCUUAUUACAGAUUCUGUGUAUGCUGAAGGUGCUGUUGAAGCAAAUGAAAACUUUCACCAAAAAGAACGAAAACAAACAUUGCAGUCUCUUUUCUCUUUGCUUCGUGAAGAGGUUGAGCAGAUGGAUUCAAAGAUACUGCCCCUGUGUCUCCAUCAGAUAGCUGAGACCUAUUUUCAAGAGGAGGAAUAUGAGAAGGCAGUGAAGUUCAUUCAGCUUGAACGACUGUAUCACGAGCAGCUGCUUGCAAAUCUUUCUUCCAUACAGGAGCGGUGGGAAAGAAAAUGGAAAACAGCAAUUCCUAGUCCAGUUACAACACUGAGGAAUUCAGCUGAAGAACUGAGCAGUGAAGAGCUGGAAAGGCUUACUAGAGUUUGCUCUUCACAUCAACAGCCACAGGCAUCCACAAAUAAGCUAGUAGCUGCAGAAAAUACAUGGGAAAGCGGUUGUUCGCUUCAGUUAAUGGAAUCAAAAAAUUUAAAGGAAAGAGAAGCUGCUGCUUUUAAAUCAGGUACUGAAACUUGUCGUGGCGUUGGACCAAAGAAAGAAGAUAAACAGCUGAGCACCAGUUCUCCAGGUGAAAACAAAACUGAGAGACCGACAGAGGCAGCAAGCCUUUGGGUAGCUGCAGGAAAGGACCACAUGGAGGAGCAGCACUGCAGUGCUGGAUCAACAGUGGAGUCACACACCCAGUCCACAGGGACAGUGGGCAGGCCUUCUUCGGGCUGUUUAUCAUCUGGGGAUGCUGGUAAAGAUAACAGUUUGCAGCUGAGAGAAAGACAGAUCUCUAAGGAUGCAGAAAAAAUAGAAGGCACAGCUGGGGAGCGUGGAGUGAAACUCCCUCUUGAGCCAAUGGUAGAUGCUUUGGUUUUAACAGAUGCUGAUUAUAUGCCUACUGAUUUAGUUCCUACUGAUAAAGAUGUGCAAGCUGAUAGAAAUCUGCUCAGAUCAAAACAUGCUGCUGGUUCUUCAGAAAUUGCUAGUGACCAGCUUGGAAAUAGUGAUUUAAAGCAGCAACAGAAACAGCCUGAUGAUGAUAAUGAAAAAUCUUCAGGGGACAGAACUGCAUUGAAUGUAUGCUCUGGGUGUAAUGAAGUGUCUGAGCAUGAGAGUACUGCCCAUUCACAAGUAUGCAAGGAAGUACAGAGAACAGCAGGACAGGAAGAGAAAGUAAAUAAUGAAGAACAAGAAGAUUUAUUUCUCAGAUUUUUAAAUGGUAACAUUAUAGACACUGAAGAAUCGUUUGCAAACUUUGCAAACCAAGAGGACUUUGACACUGUUCCAGAUGUUUCACCUGAACGAGCACCUUACAACUCACUAGAAGCUUUAUCGCUAGAUGACAGCUUUUCAUCUCUUGAUGAACUUGCAAGAAGGAUAGAGAUUGCUGAGAUUGCCCCAGCAGAAGGAUUGGUCUCUAUACUAAAGAAGAGAGAUGAGAGGGAAGGAAAAACAAUUGCUCACAUCCAGCAAAGGCAAACAAAGAGAAGAGUGCGAUUCCAAGAAAUGGAAGACACAUUGGACCAAGAUGAAGUAGCUGGUGGCUCCUGUAUCUUGCUGAUACUGCUGUGCAUAGCAACUGUUUUCCUUAGCAUUGGAGGAACUGCAUUGUACUGCACCUUUGGUGACAUGGAAUCCCCUGUGUGUACUGAUUUUGCAGCCAACAUGGAUUUCUAUUAUACCCAGAUAUUGCAGCGUAUGGAAGAACUUAAACACUGGAUAGCCUUCUCAUAGUUGAAAUGAGCAGAGACAGCACAUUGAGAGCUCAUCAAUGGUUACUGGAGAGGGUAGAAAAAAAUUGUGAUUUCAAGUUCUCUAACACUUGCCACCUGCAGGUGAUGUGUAUUUGAUGAUGUACUUACACUUUUACUUAGAAAUGAAGAAAAUUCUAGUUUAGCAAUCAGGUGGCAAAAUGUUCACAUCUUAAGCUGUAGCAGUGUGGUAUGGGAAAAUAAAAAGUUACUCUCUUCACCCUUUUGAGAGCAGGCAAGUAGCUUUUCGACAACUUAAGCAAGUGAAGAAGAAAGAAGAAAAUUAACUGUCUUCUGUAUGCUCUCCCGUUGCCACACAUGGUGUAAGCAAUCUCUGGAAGCUUAGUAAAAGGACAGCUUUAAUUUACAGCUGUUUGUGCAAAGGUGUUGCCUCCAGCUAUCAUGCAAUAAGUUUGUGUUUUAUGGAAACAUUAUUUUUCUUCUAAGUCUUACUAUUUUUCUCCAUUUUAAUUCUCCUGGUGAGCCAUGUAAUUAUUCCGGUGGAGUGAGAAGCGUGCAGCGGCAUUCACGGAGCUCUCAU